UUCCUUUUGUUGAUUUCAAUUGAGAGAGAAGAAAAGCGAAGAGGCCGAGGAAGAAGAAGAAGAAUCCAAAAAGCAAUCCCAUCUGAGAGUGUUUACACAUCAGAAGGGAGGGCUUUCAAACUCAAAGGAUUUCUCUGGAAUCGAUAUCAUCUUCUUCGGUUUUCUUCGAAUUUCUUGGGACAGAUCUAUCUAAUCAGGUUUCUGGGGUGUUUCAGACAUUGCAUGCAUAUGGGUGGUUGUGUUGGAUGCUAUAAAAGGCCUACACUGAGCGCUACAGUGGAUGUGCCAUCAAAAGGAUUUGCAACAAAAGGUAACUCAGUAAGGAAACCUAGUUCAUCAGAGGAUUUCUGGACCACCAGCACGCAUGAUAUGGACAACAGUGCCGUCCAGUCACAGGGUAGUAUCUCUUCAGCCAGUCUUACAAACCAAGCUGUGAUUCCUCAUGCUAGUUCUUCCAAAAACAGCAGCAACCCCACUGAAUUUGUAAAUCAUGGUCUAAUUCUUUGGAAUCAGACUCGGCAACGCUGGGUUGGAAAUAAAAAGUCUGAAAACCGAACACAACAAUUACGAGAACCUAAAUUGAGAACUUAUUGUCUGUGCCUUGCCAAAAUUUCUUGGCUUUGCAGUUGGAAUGCAACAUAUGAAACUUUACUUGGGAGCAACAAGCCUUUCCGUCAGCCUAUCCCUCUUGCAGAAAUGGUAGAUUUUCUUGUGGACAUCUGGGAGCAGGAUGGCCUAUACGACUGAGUUGUUGAAGCUUUAGGAAGUGCCGCUGAAAAUAAUCGUAGUUCUUGCUUAUAGGAAGGACUAAUUGGCAUAUACUUCAGUUUGUAUAUCAGUUGUCAAAUGCCUAUGAAUAUGAUGAGGAAAAUUUCUCUCUUGGGAACAUGAGAUAACUGUAUUAUACUUGAUUUAAUUGAUUGCCUUGGCUGCCUCCACUAUCUCAUGAGCCUAGUUUUGGAGAACUCUUCAUGCUGCAUGAGUUGGCUGCUACUUUCAUUUGCAUAGCCUCUCUGUCUAAGUAGACCGAAAUUUCGUGUAAUGGUUUUACAGAUAUGCAGUUUCUGAUUUGGUUUCA